AUGGCACUGCUCCCUGCCAUCCGUCUGGCCUCCCUCCUGCUCCUGGUUGACCUGGUGCUGCUGGCAGCACUGGCCCACUUGGCCCCGGCACUGGCCCAGCUGGGCCUGGUGGCCACCUGGCUGGAGGCCACCCUGCGUCUGCCAGCGUUUGCCAUGACCCAGAGGCUGCUGGUGCCAGAGGGUCCCCCAGGAGCUGCCAUCAUCCUGGGCCUCAGCCCCGCCACCUUCCUCACCCUGCGGAGCCUCCUGGUGCCGGGCAGUGCUGCCCCGGUGCUGUUGGCCACUGCCACGCCUGCCUGGGUGGCCGUGACACACGUGGCGGUGGCCGCGGCACUGUUGGCUUGGGCGGCGCCAGCGCCCGGCGACGGGGGGGACACCAGGGCACCGGUGGCCUUGGGGAAGCUGCUGGCGCUGGCCUGGGCCGAGUGGGAAUUUCUGCUGCAGCCCCCCUGGAGCUGGUAACACCCCUCAACCUGCCCAGGUGAGACUGCGGGGCCAUAUUGCACCGGCAAAGCCCUGGACGCCAUCCGGAGCGGGGAGGGUCCCACCGCCUACACCCUUGGCCUCGUCCUCGCUGCCAGUUUGGGCAGCUCGCUGUUUGCCGGGUGCCGUGGGGGGCUCUUCACCUUGGCCCAGGCCCGGCUCACGCUCAGCACCCGCCACCGGCUCUUCUCCCGCUUGGUGCACCAGGACCUCGCCUUCUUCCUGGGGACACCAGCAGGGAGGGAAACUGAGCUCUCUGCCCGGCUGGCCAAUGAGGUGCCCCUGCUGUGCAAUGCAGUGCCACACAGCGCCAACGUGGCCCUGCGGAGCCUGGGGACGGCGGUGGGGUUGGGCAUCUUCAUGGUGGGGCUCUCACCCCGCCUGGCGCUGCUGGCGCUGCUGGAGGUGCCCCUCGCCAUCGCCGCACGCAGGGCCUACGACGCCCGGUACCAGGUGCUGCAGCGAGCGGAGCUGGACGCCAGGGCCAGGACAGCAGAGGUGGUGCAGGAGGCCGUGUCCUCCAUCGAGACGGUCAGGACCUUCGCGGGGGAGGAGGAGGAGGAGCGUCGCCAUGGCCGGGCUGUGGACGAGAUGCUGGGGCUGAGGGAUCGGAUGAGCGUGGAGAGGGCUCUCUUGACUCUCUUCAAGCGGGCGCUGCAGUUGGCCAUGCAGGUGCUGGUGCUCUACCAUGGGCACCAGCAGCUCCGUGAGGGGACCAUCACCACUGGCAGCCUUGUCACCUUCCUCCUCUACCAGGAGAAAGUUGGCCGCAGUGUGGAGUCGCUGGUAUUUGGCCACGGGGACCUGCUGAGCAAGGUGGCAGCUGGCCGCAAGAUCUUCGACUACCUGGAGCUGAAACCCAGCGGGAUCACAGGGGGCACCCAGGAACCUGCCACCCUGCGGGGCGAAGUCGCCUUCCGCCGUGUCUCCUUUACCUACCCCACACGCCCCCAGCACCUCGUCCUGAAGGAGGUCUCGUUUGAGCUGCCCCCCGGCAAGGUGACGGCGUUGGCGGGACUCAACGGCAGCGGGAAGAGCACCUGCGUGGGGCUGCUGGGGCGGCUGCACGAGCCGGUGCGCGGGGAGGUGCUGCUGGAUGGGGUCCCACUGCACGCCUAUGAGCACCACUACCUGCACCGCCAGGUGGUGUUGGUGGGGCAAGAGCCGGUGCUUUUCUCGGGCACCAUCUGGGACAACAUCACCUUCGGGCUGGAGGGCUGCAGGGAGGAGGAGGUGAGGGCGGCUGCUGCUGCUGCCGGUGCCCUGGACUUCAUCCUAGCGCUGGAGCAGGGCUUUCACACCGAUGUGGGGGAGAAAGGGGGGAAGCUCUCGGCCGGGGAGAAGCAGCGCGUCGCCAUUGCCCGGGCCCUGGUGCGGCGACCCACUGUCCUCAUCCUGGACGAAGCCACCAACGCCCUGGACGGGGAGGUCAAGGCAGUGCUGCAGGAGUGGGUGCGGAGCGGGAGGGUCCGGACGGUGCUGCUCAUCACCCACUGCCCACGGAUGCUGGAGGUGGCUGAUCAUGUUGUGGUGCUGGAACAAGGCACUGUGGCAGAGAUGGGGAUCCCUGCAGAGCUGCGGGGCCGCCGUGGGGCCUACAGACGCCUGCUGCAGCACCAGGG